GAAUCACAAUUCAUUCGUGAUUCAUCCAUUUUCUCACUCACUCUCACAUAAAACACACACAUACAUACAUAUAGAGAGAGAAAAUAUAUACAUAUAGAGAGAGAAAGAGAGCGACUCCGGUGACUGGAAAAUCAACAAUGUCGCCGCCGGCAAUGGAUUGCUCGAGCUUCUUCAAAAGUAGCAAGCCGUAUAUCGCGAUGACCGCCCUCCAAUUCGGCUACGCCGGAAUGAACAUCAUAACAAAGAUCUCCCUUAACGGCGGGAUGAGCCAUUACGUGCUCGUCGUUUAUCGCCACGCCAUUGCCACCGCCGUCAUCGCCCCUUUCGCCUUCUUCUUCGAAAGGAAAGCGCAGCCGAAAAUUACAUUCCGGGUGUUCAUUCAAAUCUUCGUCCUCGGCCUUCUCGGGCCUGUGAUCGAUCAAAACUUUUACUAUGCUGGACUGAAGCUUACUUCCCCAACAUUUUCAUGUGCAAUGAGCAAUAUGUUACCUGCCCUAACUUUUGUCAUGGCCAUUAUAUUCAGGAUGGAGAAAGUGGACAUCAAGAAAGUGAUUUACCAAGCAAAAGUGAUAGGCACAGUCAUAACUGUGGCUGGUGCAAUGCUCAUGACUUUGUACAAAGGCCCUCUUGUCGAAAUGGUUUGGUCCAAGCACCGGAAAGCCCAUUCCGGCGGCGGGGCCGCCACCUCCGGGCCCGCUAAAGAGACGAGCGACCGCGAUUGGUUCGUCGGGUGCGUUUAUUUGAUCAUAGCGACGCUGGCAUGGGCGUCGCUUUUUAUACUCCAAAAGGCGGCGCUUAAGACGUACGCGAAACAUCAACUCUCUCUUACAUCUUGGGUAUGCUUCAUGGGCACCCUCCAAGCCGUCGCCGUCACUUUUGCCGUUGAGCAUAGCGCUUCGGCUUGGAAGAUCGGGUGGGACAUGAACCUCUUGGCCGCGGCCUAUGCGGGAAUUGUGACGUCUAGCUUGUCCUACUAUGUACAAGGCCUAGUGAUGAAGACAAAAGGGCCGGUCUUCGCGACGGCUUUUAGCCCGUUGAUGAUGAUCAUUGUCGCCGUGAUGGGCUCGUUCAUUUUGGCUGAAAGAAUCUAUCUUGGAGGGGUGAUCGGCUCCGGGAUAAUCGUCGUCGGGCUUUAUUCGGUGUUAUGGGGAAAGUAUAAAGAAGAGAAAGAACAUAUGAUGAGUGAAGAGAUGGAAAAUGAUGAUCAAAUUCCAGAAGCCAUUAAAGAUGGGAAUAACAAUGGUGAAAAAUGCUCCUCCAUAGCCAUUGAUCAAGAACACAACCACCAAGUGAUCAAGAACUAAUAUAUCAUGUCAUAUCUUGUUGGGAUUUUGAAAUGAAAAAUGCCCUUUUAAUUAAUUUUUUUUUUAAAUAUGUAUCUAAUUAAUUGAAUUUUGGAAUGGGCUGAUUAUAUAUAUAUAUAUAUAUAUCUAAUGUGAGGUAUGGUUAUGUGUUGAUGAAUAUCAACCUAAUGAAGGCUGUACAUUUCUGUUUGUGCUAA